AUGGUGGUAGAAGAGUUCUUCUCGUCCGUCUAUGGGCCUCCACUGUCCAGCAAUACUGCCAUCGCCAAGGAUGUCGGCAUCUACGCUCACUCUUUAUGGCCCACAUUCGUCACAAAAUCAACAUUCAAGAAAAGUGCAGCCCCACCAAAUUGCCUCGCCGUCAGUGAUAGCCAUGUUUUUGCUGCCCAGCACGAGAAGGCCUAUGUACAUGUGUACUCCAGACUCCAUGGGAACCAGGAGUCGUUUGUCGCAUUUCCGGAGAGGAUAAGGUGCUUGACGUUGGCUGCCAGCGUGCUGGUUGUGGGGACUGUCGAGGGGAGAAUUAUGCUAUGGGAGACGUGCACGGGAAGGCUGAUAUCGCUUCCCCCAUGCCACGUUCAGGCCGUCUCCUGCGUGGUCGCCACACCCUAUCACCUACUGACCGGAUCAGACGACUCCAACGUCCAUGUCUGGAGCCUUGCACAGCUUCUCGAGCUCGACGGCAGCGAGGAGCGGGAGCCGACUGUCAGCUUCUCAAACCACAGAGGCGCCAUCACGGCCCUGGCUGCUUCGCCCGGUGACAACCCCGAGACAAGCCUCUGCGUGUCGGCAAGCAAGGACAAGACAUGCGUGAUCUGGAAUUAUCGUUCCGGGGAGGUGCUCCGCACUCUAUUGUUUCCAAGCUUCCCUCUGUGUCUCGCCCUCGACCCUUGCACACGCGGUGUCUUCGUAUCCGCCGCCGACGGCUCCAUCUACUCAGUAGAUUUCUUCGGCGCUGAGCCACUGCUUGGACCUAGGAGCGAGGACGCCUCGACCGUUGUGCAGGUAACCUCUCCGUUCUGCGCAGCGCCGGCCGAGUCUGGGCCUGCCUCCUGCUUGGGACUGGCACACGACGGCACCGCCUUGCUUUCUGGACAUCCAAAGGGCCAGAUCCAUAUAUGGGCCAUCACAGACCGGUCAGCCAGCAGUGGCCCCAAGGAACUCACAAACGUGAAUGCCGCCGUCACCAAUAUAGUAUUUGUCCCGCCUCUGUCGGCCACCACGUCGGCCAGCAAACCUUGGACCAUCGUCAAACCAUCGCAAGUCCAGCGCGCCUACAACUUUAGUGCGCAGUUUGAAGUGGAUCUGACACCCGAAACACCAUUCAGCACUAUGGUGAAAGCGCCGGGGUUUGCAAAGCAGACGCUGGAUGAAGCCAUCACGGCUUUCCUACAACCCACGGAUGUCGAUGCCGACGAGAAGGAUUUGCAAAGUCAUUUGCAACAGCAAUGGGAUAUUCUGGAUCAAUUGAAGGCGACUUCCUGA